AUAAAGAUAGGGAUACAUCAACAACAACAGCUGCAAAUUCAAUCUAAUUUCAUUGUUCAGCGUAAAAUGAGGCUUCAUUCGCAAGUCCUGCUGGCGUUUUUGGCAGCCUGUUCGGCUCUUUCCGCCUCUCUUGCCUUCAAACCGGUGGUCAUCCUCCACGGAAUCCUCUCCGGAGCCGAAUCCAUGUCAUCUUUGGUCCGGGAAAUCGAAGCGUUUCAUCCUGGAACCAUUGUUUAUAACUGCGACAAGUUCAGCGGAUGGUAUAGUUUGGAGAACGCCUGGCGACAGGUCGAUCAAGUUAGGGAUUACCUCAACGAAGUGGGCAAACUCCAUCCGGAGGGCAUUAUCGUUUUGGGAUACUCACAGGGAGGCCUUUUGGCCCGGGCGGCCAUCCAAAGUCUUCCGGAUCACAAUGUCAAGACCUUUAUAUCUCUAUCUUCUCCACAGGCGGGCCAAUAUGGAACCAGCUUCCUGCAUCUGAUUUUUCCCGAUCUGGCAGCCAAGACGGCCUUCGAAUUGUUCUACUCGCGAGUGGGACAGCACACCUCGGUGGGUGGCUACUGGAACGAUCCGCAGAGGCAGGAGCUCUACAUGAAGUACAGUGAGUUCCUGCCGCUGAUCAACAACGAGAAGAAGACUUCCAACUCCACAUCCUUCAAGAUGGGAAUGGUGCGGCUCAACAGAUUGGUGAUGAUCGGCGGACCGAACGACGAUGUGAUUACUCCCUGGCAGUCUAGCCACUUUAGUUACUACGACGAGAAUAUGGACGUGAUCCCUUUUAACAAGCGAACGCUCUUCACUUCCGACUCCAUCGGGAUUAAAACUCUCCAGGAGGCUGGCAAACUCAUUAUUGUGAUCAAACCCCAUGUCCAUCAUCUUGCCUGGCACACGCGGAGGGAUGUCAUCCACGAAGUUAUAAUUCCAUAUCUAGACUAAACAAAAAACCAAAACAAAAAACGAAACUGUACUGAAGCGAUCAAAGGGCUGUGAUCGGAAAGGCGGAUAAAAAGCUCGCUCUCAUCUAUAAGCAUUAAUGUGACAGGCUACACAAUGAUCUUUUAUCGGUAAAUUAGCUUUACAAUAUUUACAAUGGUCCUGUAGAUCGCAGGAGAGAUUUAUACAAAUUUAUUAAAUACAUAUGCUUAGGUGAAUAAAUAAUAUUUUAUGAAAA